AUGAGCGCCCCGGCGGCCGCCCCCGUAGGGCUCGUGCCCGCCGGGCACCCGGAGCAGGCGGCGAGCGCCGCGGCCGGCUCCCCGGCUCCCUCCCGGGGCAGCGCCGCCGCUGCCUCCUCCAAGGCGCCCGGCGGCCCGGCGCCCUCCGCCCCGCCGCCCGCGGGGCCCCCGGUGCUGCGGGUGGCCGCCGGGGGGGCUCCGCGGCCGGCGGUGGCUCCCAAGGGGCCGCCCGCCGCCACCAUCCAGCUGCCGGCCAACCUGCAGCUGCCCCCAGGAACUGUUCUUAUCAGAAGCAGUAAUGGCCAACUAAUGCUGGUAUCUCAACAAGCAAUAGCACGAGCACAGACUCAGCCACAAAAUAACACAAGUGUACGACCGUCUGUACCUACCAGCACACCUGCAGUCAGAAUAUGUGCUGUACAGAACUCUGGCACCCAGUUACUAAAGAAAGCAGUAGCUACUCCUGUGAAAACAUUAUCUCAAACAACAAAUGCUGUGGCUUCUACUGUUCAGCCACCUGCUGUAAUACAGCCAGCAGCUGCAACAGCUAGUGUUACUACAGUUACUGCUGUAAAGCCUUCGAGUACUGGAACACCUGUAAAACUUCCAGUUACAGGACCACCUGCACAAUCCAUCUCCCAGAAGGCAGUCUCUGUGAAAGCAGAGGGCACAACAGUAGCACAGACCAGCGCUUCUACAGAGAUGUUAGAGAAUGUGAAGAAAUGCAAGAAUUUCCUUGCUACGCUAAUAAAAUUGGCAUCUAGUGGACCUCAAGCCCCCGAGAUGGGGCAGAAUGUGAAGAAUCUGGUGCAAAAUCUCUUGGAAGCAAAAAUUGAACCAGAAGAAUUUACAAAGAAGCUGUACAUAGAGCUCAAGUCUUCUCCACAGCCGUAUUUAGUUCCUUUUCUUAAGAAAAGCAUGCUUGCCUUACGGCAACUAAUGCCAAAUGCUCAAAGCUUUAUCCAGCAGUGUAUGCAGCAGCCAGCUCCAACCCAAGAAGCUGUUUCAACUUGUACCUCUGCACCAACUCCUGUAGCGGUGGCGACCUCAGCUGUAGCAACAAAUUCUCUUCCCGUUAUAAAACCAGUGUCUGCCUCUGCGACAGUCGCAGCCUCUCCAGUUAUAAAACCAGUCCUUUCCAGUGCACCGGUGACAGCCUCUCUGCAGACCGUGAAGCCUGUUCCUGCCUCUGCAGUGGUGGCAGCCUCUCUUCGUCCCGCAGCGUCAGUCCUCACCACCACAAUAGCGACAUCAGGGCUGACUGCUAUCCAAACUGUGAAGCCGGUCUUCACCUCUGCGGUAGCAACGUCCUCUCUCCAACCUGUAAAGCCAGUGCUCGUCUCUGCAGUGGCAUCCUCAGCAACAACCCCUCUCCAGCCUUUGAAACCAGUCAUCGGCACCCCCAUCAGUAUUAAAAUCUCCCAGCCAAACUCCAUCGUUGCGCAGUCGGUGGGCGCGCAGCAGGUGGUAAAAGUGAAACAGUUGGUAGUCCAACAACCGUCAGGAGCCAUUGUAAAGCAAGUAUCCACACUCCCACAGCCCUCAACGCUGACUCUCCAGACAUCUGCAGAGAAGAGGAUGCCGCUGAAUACGCUUGUUCAAACCAACCAGUUUCCUGCAGGUUCCAUUCUGAAACAAGUUACCCUGCCAGGAAAUAAAAUUCUGUCGCUUCAAGCAUCUCCUGUUCAGAAAACUAAUAAAGAGAAUGGAACAACAUCCUUCAGAGAUGAAGAUGACAUAAAUGAUGUGACUUCUAUGGCUGGGGUCAACCUGAGUGAGGAGAGCGCGUGCAUUCUGGCAACAAAUUCUGAACUCAUUGGUACAGUGAUCCGCUCUUGUGCAGAUGAACCUUUUCUCUCUUCAGAAGCACUUCAAAAGAAGAUCUUGAACAUCGGUAAAAGGCAUGACAUUAUGGAACUUAACUCUGAUGUUGUGAACUUGAUCUCCCAUGCUACACAGGAGAGAUUACGAGGGCUCCUAGAAAAACUAACUGUAAUUGCUCAGCACAGAGUAUCAACCCACAAGGGGAGCGAUAAGUACAUCGUAUCUAGUGAUACCAGAGCACAGCUGAGAUUUCUCGAAAAGCUUGAUCACCUGGAAAAGCAGAGAAAGGACGAAGAAGAACGUGAAAUGUUACUACGAGCAGCCAAGAGCCGUUCCAAUAAAGAAGAUCCCGAGCAUCUGCGUUUGAAGCAGAAAGCAAAAGAGAUGCAACAGUUGGAGUUAGCACAAAUGCAACAAAGAGAAGCCAACCUCACGGCUUUGGCAGCCAUUGGACCGAGAAAGAAAAGGCCGUUGGAUUCAUCAAACGCUGGAUCUGGGCUGGAGGGUUUGAAUGGCAAUGGAAUUGCUCCUGGAUCGUCAAAUUUUAGCCUUACAAAACAGCUGCUUCGUCCAAGAAUAACCCGUGUCUGUCUCAGGGACUUGAUAUUCUGCAUGGAACAAGAGAGGGAGAUGAAGCAUUCUCUAACCUUGUACCGUGCUCUUCUGAAGUGAUUUAAAUUUUACAUUUCAACUUGCUGUCUACUGCCAAAGAAAACACUGAAGCUUUGUUGCACUGUCUUGAAAUUCCAAUUUCUGGAAAAUGAUCCGUUGUAAGGAUAACUCUUGUUUACAGAUAAACAUUUUUAUUAAAUACCUAACUUAGCACCUGUAGGGUUUUUAAUAAUACUUGGUUUAAACCAGUCUGUAAACCAGUGAAAACACUGAGCUGCACACACAAGCACCUGACUACCUGCUUGCAUUUAACUGUCUUGCAGGCUCCGAGGGCUUGGUAUGUGUACCUCGUUUAUGUAUGUCACUUGCUUCAGUAUUCCAGAGUCUCCAACAUAUGUUCUGUCUGUAGUGCCUUCUUAUCCAACCUUAUCUAGGGAAACAAGUAACACUUUAAAGGCACCGCGUAGCAUGACAACUGUGUUUAUUCAUGAACCAGCAGUCAGUCAACAUGCUAAUGCAUUGCCUGUCUGACUCAGCAUCUCCGUCAGUUUUCUGGGUUUAGAAUUACUACUGAAUGCUACUUUGUGGAGAGCAGAGUAGCAAGCAAAAGGAACAAGGGACACUUUGUCUUCCCUACAUCACCUCAACUGCCCUCCUCUUUUCGCUGACAAAGUGACUGAGGGAAGGUGAACAAAUUGGUCAUUCUUGUGGUUAAAGUACAUCAAAUGGUGUAGGCAGGGCAUACUUGGAUGUUUGGGAAAAUGUGCAGUUACUAAACUUGAAUACAGGGAGUGAAAGAGCCUAAAAAGGAAGAGAAAACACAUUAGACUGAUCUCUUAUGUUUUUCGUUUGUAGAUAUCAAAAAAUAGCAAUGAACUUAAGUAUAGAUUUAGAAAGAAAUAAACCAAAACAACCUGUGCUGACUGCAAAAAAAAAAAAAAGUGAAAACUUUAGAUACAGUAAAUAUUCUGAAACUUUACAGCUGGAGAGUCUUAAGGAGAAGAGUAAUAUUUGGAAAGCACAGGAUUCACUGCUUUAUUGAGAAUAUUGGUUUAGUUGUCAUCUUAAUGUUUAUAAUACCCUAAUAUGGUAUAACGGGAACUUUUCAAGUAGAAAGUAGUUAGUUCAGCCAGUUGCCUGGUUUUUGUUCAGUGAGGAGGAGGACUCCAAAUUAUUAAGACUGCUAGAAUAAAUUCAAAAAUCUGCUGGUAAAAAUUGUCUUGUGGUAGAAGGGAAAGCCUCCUGGUCACCCUUCUCCCAGCCUCCAAAUAUUUUGCCUCCCAUGGCACAGUGCUGCAUAGCAUGGCUGUUUCCCAGGAGCAGUGGGAAAGGCACUGACUGUGUUGAAUGGCUUCCUGCUAAAACUUUUUUUUUUCUUUUAAGGAACAAGCUUCCUAUGGUUGUUUGGCAUGCAACUUUAAAACUUUAAAGUGAUAGAUAACUCAAAUGCCCUCUACCAUCAGAACCACUGCAGAUAGUUACCAAAUUCAGUAAGUUUUGAGUCAGUUACGUUUUUUGUGUUGAAACAGUAGUGAAUAAUAAAUCUAGCAAAUAAAUGCUGUAAAUUAUUUAUAUAUGUAUAUAUGGCAUAUAUAUAU